AGCUGGGACCAUGGCCGUAUUCCUCCCCCGCCGAUGUACCCUCAAACUGCUUGCCUUCACCGCCGCCUUCAGCUUCCUCUCCUUCCUCGUGGCCCUCCGCACAGCCUUCCACGUGGAGUCCUCGCAGCAACAGCAACAACAACAGGCCGACCUAACCCCGCUCGGAGACGCCGUAUUACUUACAGACCUGCUCAGGGCCGAGAGCCCGCACCGCGGCAAGGUCAAGGACGUGUUCCGCACGUGCGCCAAUGAGCUGACCUUCCAGGGGCGGGUGGACGAGAACAAGACAGACGUCCUCCUCAACUGUUUCCUAGGCGCCCUCAAGUCGGCUCAGUACAGCCAGACGGUGCCCGCUCUCCCUGACCCCGUGAGAGAGUUCCUCUCCCUCCCCAUCGUCAACCCGCACAACCCCGACUUCCUCAUAGACUCCUCCGGCGCAUGCGCCCAGCGCGCCGUGGAGACGCUGUUUGUGUCGCCUUCCGCCCCCGAGUAUUUUGAGCGCCGGCAAGCGGUGCGAAGCAGCAACAGGGGGCUGUACGUGAAAGACAAGCACAACAACGCAGCGCUUUUGUUUUUCGUCGGCCUCCCUUCCGAGGACCCGACGGGUAAAGUUUUGGAGGAGAUCAGGACGGAAUCCACGACCUACGGCGACAUCGUGCUGGUGAGGUUUGAAGAUAAGUACAAGAACAUCUUACAGAAAGCGCUAGCCAUGCUGCGCUGGGCGAUCGACUUCUGCCCGAACGCUGAACACGUCAUCCGCACGGACGAUGACGUGAACGUGACGGUCACCGACCUCAUCUCGGUCAUGCGGCGCGUUCACAAGCAGAACGCCAACUUCGUGAUCGGCAAGCGGAUGGUGAACGACGUGCCCGCGCGCUCCAACAACAAGUGGCACCUGUCGGAAGAGGAGUACCCGGAGACCACCUUCCCGCCCUACGUCCUGGGCGGCCUGAUCGGCUACCCGCUGACCACUGUCCGGCUGCUGUACGAGGCCACGCUCCGCCUCAAGUCUAUCUGGCUGGAUGACGUGUACGUGACGGGUCUGUGCGCCAGGAAGCUCAACAUUCCGGUGCUGGAGGACGAGAGGUUUGUGUUCCAGCACCAGCUCAAGAAGGGAGACUUUGAGGAGCAGACGUAGCCGGGGUCUGUCCGUCGUCGCGGGGACUUUGGCCGGUGAUACAAUGUCGUCGCGGGGACUUUGGUCGGUGAUACAAUGUCGUCGCGGGGACUUUGGUCGGUGAUACA